AUGAAAAAUUUUCCCUUCAUUUGUUUUUCAGUUGAAAAGUCAGUGAGUGCCGACUCAGCGUCCGUAGGUACCUUUGGAGUACGCUCGAAAAAGAUUUAUGUCGGCUCACCUCUAACCCAGUAUUCGAUUUGUGAGCAGGAGGAAAAGAUAUUAAAUGGCUCAACAACUUCAACAAUUGAAUGCAUCGCGUUGGCGCAUGAUGAACGAACAUUGGCGUAUUCGACAUCAACCGUUGUGAAACUAGUGGAUUUGAACACUGCUCGGGAAUUGCGAACAUUAGUCGGCCAUAAUGGAUAUGUGAAUGCUGUGGUUCAAAGUAAUAGAUCGAUUUAUGUUUGGGCAUCAGUAUCAUCGGACUGUACCGUAACACUAUGGGAUACUCGGCAACAUCCGGCCAACGUACUGGUGCGUCGACUGAAUCGUGCCGCGAAUUGUGCACGUUUCAGUCCGGACGAUGCUUUUGUUGCGAUUGGUUCAGAUCACUUGUAUAUGAUGGACCCUCGCGUUAGAGAUGUGCGAUUUCUGCCUUCCACAUCUCAGGUUUUGCAUGUUUGCUUUCAUCCAUCCGAAUAUUUAUUAGCAUCAGCGUCAGAAGAUCGUUUGGUGCGUUUUUGGGAUAUUGAUUCAGAGGAGUGUGUAUCACAAAGUGAACCAAUGGACGGUAUUCCAAGAGCAAUCGCAUUUCAUAAUGAUGCAUCUGCACUUUUCACCUUAACUGAUCGACGAUGUGGAGCGAUCUGCUGGGAGCCAUUCGAUAUUCUUGGUCAGUGUUCCAUUCCGCAAUGUGAACAUUCGUUAGCGAUGACCGUCUGUGAUUCGGAUGUUUUCGUUCUCGGUCGGUCUCUGUCACACAGUCUACUCAGUCUUCAGUCAAUAACCACUCAUGUAAGUGCUACUUGCAGAAUGAUUCAAAUUAAGAACUUAUGUCUUUCUAUGGUCUCAUUUAUCUUCAGUUUAUUGAAUGAAAAAUUCGAUGAAAAGGACACUUUAUUGACGGUGGAGUUGAAACAACAGCAAUAUCAGCCAGAAAAGACAGAAGACGAGAAAAGAGGAACCGAACUUGAGGAGAGCUCAUCAAUAGAUGGCAUCAUUGAGGAGAUGAUGGAGAGCGCGAAUGAGUCGGACAUCUUCAUGCCAACGCACACAUUACCUCGUACACCACCACCCAAACAAUUCGCAGUACCUUCCAGCGAAGAAACUUUUGUUGUAUCGAUCGUCAAUAGUACGCCACAGCAACAGGCACAACACAUUCGACCGACAACAUUAAGAACCCGUCGUACAGAAGCCGCAAAUUUGAAGAAUGAAACAAAAAAUACGCUGACGAGUAGUUCUCGAAUUCGACGUUCAUUAGCAAAUAACAAGAAUCCCAGUGGAAGUGGUAUCGCCUGCACGUCUUCUGCACCAGAUGUACGUAAUGUGGCAACACAAAAGAAACGAACUGAUCGAGAGGAGAAAAGUAGACGACGGACACUGAUGCAGAAAGACGAGAUAAUCAGUAACAAAAAUGAAGUGGAAAGGAGCGCUGACGAUGAGAAUUGGCUGUUGAAUGAAAUCAACGAAGAACAUGGAAACGUUGAGAUGGUAUUAGCACAACGACGCAUUUCGCUUGAUACACUUCGACAGUGUUGGCGUCAACGUGGUCUAGAUGCAGCACUUUCAGAAGCAUCGCAUCUUGGUGAAUUGGCGUUAAUAGCUGAGUUAUUAGCUGCUAUCAAUCAUUCGUCUACGUCUACAUGGAAUCUUUCUUUAUGUUGUGCAGUUUUACCGCAUGUCAGUGUGUUAGUGGCUAGCAAACAUGAGUAUUACGUUGAGGUUGCUUUGGCAGCGUUGCGCAUAGUGGUAACUGGUUUUGGUAAUGUUAUCCGUAUGGGUGCUCAACAGCCAUCACAUAUUGGAGUGGAUGUUACGGCCGAAGAAAGACAUGCCAAAUCUAUUAAAUGUGUGCAACAGUUAACCGAAAUGCGUGUUAAAGCAUCAUUGCUAUGUGAUCGCAUGAACGCUCGUCAUGCACGUGAAUUUAACGCACUUAUGCAAAUUUUCGAUGAUACGAUUUCGCCUCUGUGA